AUGCGGGCCGAGGCGCCGCUCCGGACGCCGCGCCCGCGCAAUGCGCCGAAUACGCGGCAGAUGGAACUGCAUGAGCCAGAGUCGUUGCUGAUGCUGCUCAACUUGAUUUCCUCGCCGACAUCGACGUCGGACGAGCGCAUGUACGCGUUGGUCCAGCUCGAGCACUUUCUCGCGGAGCGCGUCCUCACCCGCCUGCCGGACCUCAAGCGGAAUGCACGCGAGCACGGGAUGCGCAGGAAUACAUACAAUAUCGAGAUCGAUCGCUGCUGCGACUGGUCCGUGCCGGUCCAGGACGCACGGCUAUACAUUGCGGAACAAAUCCUCGCCCACAUUAGCCGCGUGCAUAUUCUGCUCCAGACACAGGCACGCAACAGCAGUGAGGAAGAGAGCGCAUCGGUGCCCGGUGCACACCGCGAACUGCGCACGCUCGCGUCGGAAAUGGGGUGCGCUUUGUCGCUCCUGCAGGGCAUGUGCCUGACGCACUAUCCCAGCAAGCACCUGUGCUCGACACGCAGCGCGUUUGACCUUCUGCUCGCGAUCGUCGACGUGUCAUACAGCCAGGCGACCGACGAAAGCUCACCGCUCCGGCUCCUUGCCUCCCACGCGCUCGACACGCUGAUGUGCACGCUAGUCGACGCCACGACCGAGGUCCGCAGCCUAUUCGAACACGCCAAGGGCCCCUCGAUCGUGCGCCGCGUCAUGAACCGGCAUCAACGCGCACACAAUGAGCUGGACGUGACUGGCGCCAAAUGCUUUGAAUUCCUCCUCUUCUAUCUCCAGGCCAAGGCGUUUGAGGAGCAGGUGAGCGGCCAGCGCGCCAGCGACGAGCUGCCUACGUCUGUCUUUGAGCCGCCGCCCACGCCGGCGAUGCGCUCGCGCCAGACACCGUCACAGACGCCGUUUCAUACACCGAUGGCGACGCCACGCCAGCACGUCCGUGUCCUCUCGCACGGAUCGCCUUCCAAGCAGGCGCAGGCGGGCCGUGCGCCGUUUGGCAAACUUGAUACUGACGCGAAUCCGUUCGGCAACGAGGGCCACGAGGGCCGAAGGCACCUACGCACGCGCAGCACCGACGAGCGCCGCCAUCUACGGACACGCAGCACCGAUAUUCCGGCCGACUUGCUACGGACGCCGCGUGCACUUCCGCGGCCGGUGCGCGACGUAUCGCCCUCGCGCCGCACGCCGCGCGCACGCCCCGACGCACAGGAGGCAUCACCAGAAAAAGAGCAAGCGCCGCGCUACCCCACCUCCCCCCGCAAAGACGCCCUGCGCUUCGAGGGGCUCGGCGUUCAUACCCCCGACGAGCCGUCCGACGCCCCACGCCGCUGGUAA